AUGUCAUCGGAGCUUGAAUUAUUGAGACGAGUUGCCAAACUUGAGGCAGAAAAUACCAAAUUAAAACAGAUCAUAGAAGAAAUUGCUAAUCUUAGGAUCGAAAAUACAAAACUAAAACCAAUUAUAAAGCAAAAUCGAACUACUAAUGAUGCUUCACAAACGCCUAUUCCACCAUCUAUUAAUAGUCACUCUGAGAAUGAUAGCACCGACUCUUUAAAUCUAGUGCAGACACAAACGAUGAAAACUAGACAAAAGGAGAAUUUAUGCUGGUAUUGUUACACUAAAGCAUAUGAAAAUCGAGUUAUGGAUAUUAAAUCCACAAAUAACAUCGAUGACCAAUUAGCGAGAACAUUGGUAUAUAACGAAAUUAGGAUGUAA